AUGGAGUACAACUCGCUGAUGAUGGAUGCGCACGAUGUUGGCGAGUAUGAGAUGGGUGAUGCUUUUAAAGCCACCCAUCUGAAUGUGAAAGACGGCGGUGGACAAAGGAUGAGCUACAGUGUCAGUCCGAGCAGUCGGCCUCUGAUGACAGCUGGUGAGGAAGUAGUACACCACAUACCCACGCGGGGGCCGAGUGAUGCACAGGCGGCGAGGCUUCGGAGAGAUUCUAUAGCCCACUCGCAAGGUAUUGGUGGUGUAUCCUGGGGUUCACUGUCUAUCAGCUCCUGGCUUAGAGAUGAGGUGAUGUUACAACAUCCGUCCUCACAGCAGUCAUAUCAGAACCAGGAACGCAAGUUUUCCAUUAAUAAUGGUCUACUGCAGAUACAAAUGAAUGCGCCUAUAGGUCAAGGGCCUAUAUCGGCGUCGACAAACACUUUUUUGCCUCACCUAGAAGAGCAGUAUUGCAAGGACUACUCUUGUUGUGGCAUUUCAUUGCCAGGAUUGCAUGACCUACUGAGGCAUUAUGAAGAAGCGCAUAUAUCAACUUCACCAGGGACUUCAAUGUCAAGGCCGGUUGGUGGUAGCGAUGCAUCUAUGGGCAUGAGUACAGGAACCGUUCAAACAAGAAAUCUUAUGGAUAGAUCCAUGGGUUCUCAUGGGAUGUCUCCGCCUACACCAAUGUCUUCACAGAGUAAGAUUGGCUCCAAUACAUCGAUAAAUAUGCACCAAAUAAGUGGCGCUAACAAUAAUAAUAAUAUUAAAAGCAAAUACAUGGUAAACAGAGGUCAUAAUAGUAAUAAUAUAGUGGAUACUGUGUCCACCAAUGAAGUGUUCCUCAAUAAUGGCAGGGGCACUACCUCUAUGGAGACCUCUAGAGGAACACAACCGAUACAUAAACAUGCUCACCCUCAAGCAUUGCAAAAUAUGAUGAUGCCACCAAAUAAUGGAUCAACACAAGGUUUACAUUCGUCCAAUGUCGACAUAGCCAUCGAUGACGAUGAUGAUGACGAAGACGAUGAUGAUGAUGACGAAGAUGAUGAGGAGGAGGAAGAGCAGGAUAAAAAGGAGUUCUACAUUGAUGAUCCAGCAAGAAGAUUGUAUGUUAUGGAUCAUGAGGAGUAUAAACCUUUCAAGUGUCCUGUGAUUGGCUGUGAUAAAACAUAUAAGAACCAGAACGGGCUUAAAUAUCAUAGGCUGCAUGGCCAUCAAAACCAGACUCUGCGAGAGAAUGCCGACGGUACUUUCAGUGUCAUAGAUCCAGAGUCCAACGAAGUAUCCACAUUGGAUGCCAUGGGAAACGAUAAGGAUAAGCCAUACCGCUGUGAGGUUUGUGGUAAGCGUUAUAAAAACCUGAAUGGACUCAAAUACCAUAGAGGCCACUCCACACAUUGA